UGUUUCCGGGUCUGGUUUCAGGGUCCUGCAGCGGAGACACGGCGCGAGACGCUCACGCAUGAUCCCGAUGAUGAUCAAUACCGAUCGAUAAGUGACUGAUGACUCAAACACCUGUCCGUCUGUACACCUGUGUGACGUCAUGUCCAAACAGAGGAGUGCUGCUAAAACUCUGAUCAUCACAGACGACGAGGAGGUGGAGGCCGAGGACCUGAACCCGUUCUCCUUCAGAGAGUUUCUACGCUGGAAGAACCAGAACCAGAACCAGGACCCAGAACAGGACCAGGACCAGGAGGGACACAGUAAGAGGUCGUUUGACGUCGGGAGCGUGACCUUUGACCCUGAGGUCAGGAGCUGUUUUUUCUCUGAGCCCUCUCUGGCACCACAGGAGGAGGAGGAGUGGGGGCGGAGCUUCCAGUCAGGUGUAGACAGCACCUCCUCCCUCUACACAGAGGAGGAGGAAGACGACGAGGAGGAGACCAGGUUCUCCUCCAAACUUGAGAUCCAGCAGGGAGGAGCAGGAGCAGGAGAAGGAGGAGGAGGAGGAGGAGGAGAGAACUAUGAAGGAGAUGAUGAGACCUCCAUAGCUGAACCAGUCACCUCCUGCAGGAAGAGGAGUGGGCGGAGCAGUCAGAUACAGCAGCUGAAGGAGGAGAACAUGACUCUGAGGAGAUCCAUCAGGGAGCUGCAGAGGAGAUCAGAGCUUAACGAACGAAGGGUGGCAGAGCUGUCGGAUGAGCUGCUCCAGAGGACACAUCAGGAGGAGAAGGAGGCUCAGGAUCUGGAGAGCAUGGUUCACUCUGUGGAGCAGAACCUGCACCUGAUGACGAAGCGAGCAGUGAAAGCAGAGACCUGUGUGAACAAACUGAAGUUGGAGUUGCAGCAACUGCAGGCGGAGGUUGACUCCUUGCGGUCUGAGAAUGUCAGUCUGAAGGCAGCAGAGUCUGAGGUUGUCAUGACGAUGAGGCACAACGCUCAGGUGGCAUCUGAGUAUCUGAACAAGACAGCAAGCCACGCCCACUCCUCCAUCCGUCAGCUGAUGGGGGAAGCAGAGACUCUCGUUCUGGUCUCUCAGCUGCUGCAGUCCAUUGACAAGAUCUCCACCCUCGACUCAGAGUCCUGAACUCCUCCAGACCCUCAGACCUCUUUUGGACCUCCUACAGACACUCGUCUCUGAUGGACAGGAGGACGUGGUUUCCAUGGAAACAUUCCUGAACGUACAAACUGUGAGGUCAGAGGUCAGCGGGUCUCAGUCGGUCCGUCAUGUUUCCUCACAGACACUUUAUUUUGAAAGUGAAUAUAUGAACUUUUGAUGACAUCACAGCAGCUGCAGGACUUCUGGCUGCUGAUUGGUUGGAUUGUUUGAAUUUACAGUGUCAUUGAAUAUGAAGUUUCAAACAGCUUCAAUUCUUGUUAUUGAUCAUUUAUGAAGUCUGCUCAUUAAAUAAACUCAUUCAUUAUAUAAUAUCUGUGUAUUUACAUUCAGAGAAAUGACUGAGACAUUCAGUUGAUUUUAUUUUGGGACUGUGGACAAUAUAAAACAUGAAUGUAUGUACCUGAGUUAGUUUUAAGCUAAUGCUAAAACAUGAAAUGAAACAUCUGAAAAUGUGACACAGUUGACAUACUAACAUGUUUUAUAAUAACAGAAAGUGACACACGUGUUCUGAUGUUUAUUGAACUUCAAUUUUAUUUGUGCCAAUUAAAGUUCACAAAGAGGAA